AUGGCUUAUGAUGACUCCAAGAAGAAAGAAGAGUUCCUAGAGAGUGACCGAAGUGGUGAUGACUCGGGGCUGGCAACUGGCAGGAUACAGCGAGAGAAAAAGCGCCCUUACAAGGAUCUGCUGCAAGAGGAAGACGAGAUAGCAACUCAGGUCAGGAAGCCCUCAGAGAAAAGGUUGAAGGACAGUGAGCAUUUUCCAGGGACAGAACCUCACAAAAAGAAGAGAAAGCACUCCUCCGAUGAGUUCUGCUACAGAGGUGUUUCGACUUUGGAUCUACCAUCAAAGAAGAAGAAAAAAGCAAUUUCUAGCCCAUCCUCAGCUGAUACAACCAUGGAUUUACUCAAGGCUAUCACCUCGCCUUUGGCCACAAGCUCAAAGUCUUCAAAGAAGACCUCUGAAAAACCAUCUUAUUCUUCUUCUGGCCAUUCUGAAAGCAAAAAGGAGCACCACAAGAAGAAGCUGAGUGGGAGCAGUGGGGAGCACUCAGUGGACGAUGGCAGCUUCCACAAAUCUAAAAAAAUGAAACCACUGUACGUGAACACAGAGACACUUACUCUUCGUGAACCUGAUGGCUUGAAGAUGAAGCUCAUCCUUUCACCAAAAGAGAAAAGUAGUGCAGCAGAUGAUGAUUCUUUCUCCCACUCUUCAGCACCAGCAGCUGCAAAGAAAUCUUCAAAGAAAUCAGCUCGAGAAGAGCAAGGCUCAUUUCUUCUAGGUCAUGAACUGCAAAGCUUCCUGAAGUCAUCUCGGAAGAAGCACAAACCACCUCCGGACCCACAUCCACCUUCUGAGAGUUUUGGUGCUGAAUCCUCCAUUUUUUCAGAGGGCCAUGGGAGCGAGUAUGAGAUUUCAGGUAUGGACCCGCCACCAGAAUCUGGUUCCUCUUCUGGUGGGGAGUUGGAAGCUGGAGAGCUAGUGAUAGAUGACUCCUACCGGGAAAUGAAGAAGAAGAAGAAGUCAAAAAAAAGUAAGAAAAAAAAAGACAAGGAGAAACACAGAGAGAAGAAGCACUCUAAGUCUAAAAAGAGUUCUGGGCAUGCUCCUGUGGCAGUAGCAGAAGUAACAGUGUCACCACCACCUCCUCCCAGUACCCCCUAUGUUUUUUCUCCACCUCCUUCUGCUGUUUUUCACUCAGAUGGUCAAGGUGAGAAGAGGAGGAAAAAGGAAGACAAGGAGAAGGACAAAGCUGAGAAAGAAAAACCAAAGAAGAAAAACAUGUCUGCCUAUCAAGUGUUCUGUAAGGAAUAUCGUACAACUAUUGUGUCUGAGCACCCUGGAAUAGAUUUUGGAGAGCUAAGUAAAAAACUGGCAGAAGUGUGGAAGCAGCUACCUGAGAAGGAUAAACUGAUCUGGAAACAAAAAGCUCAGUAUCUCCAGCACAAGCAGAAUAAAGCAGAGGCCACCACUGUAAAGAGAAAGGCAUCAUCUUCAGAUGGUGCACCAAAAAUAAAAGCUUCUCCAACAGGAGUGAUUUCCCCUCAUAAGAAAUCCCCCACCAGCACCGUAGUGGUGUCUUCCUCACCAGCUAAAGUUCCUGAGACAGAUCCUAUUGAUGUAGCUGCACACUUACAGUUACUGGGUGAAUCUCUGAGCCUCAUUGGACACAGACUGCAGGAAACAGAGGGAAUGGUGGCUGUUUCAGGAAGUUUGUCAGUACUUCUAGAUUCAAUCAUCUGUGCUUUGGGCCCGUUAGCGUGUCUGACCACACAACUACCUGAGUUGAAUGGCUGCCCUAAGCACGUUUUGUCAAACACACUAGACAACAUCGCCUACAUCAUGCCUGGACUUUGAUGGGAACAGAUCCUGGGAUGUACUCAACCUCUGCGUAACUGACUUGUGUACCUAUGCACUACACCGGCACUCCUGAAGGGUUCCAUGUGUAGGGUUUUAAAGUUUUAUAUCUGUAUAGUAUAUACAUAGGA